AUGUGGCCAAUGUGGCAAGUGAUAACGCUGCUUGGGCUUCUGGCCGGCGCUUUGGGUCUCCACUCAACGCCGGAUAGGGCCAUGGCCAUAAGCUCGCUGCUGCUUGGCCAGGACUUUGAGGAUUUUCAACCGUAUUACAGCCAAAAGAAAGAACAGGAACCCGAUCAGCUGGUGGCUGCCUCCAAGCAUGAAGAGCACUCGGAGGGCGGCGAGGAGGAGUCCGGAGAGGAGCAUCACAGCGAGCACUUCAAGAAGCAUGGCGGCAAGGGCAAAAAGGGUCACAAGCACGAGGAGCACGAGGAGAAGGGCGAGAAAGGACACCAUGACAAGGAGGGCAAGAAGGGCGAGCAUGGCGGUGAGGAAGGUCACGAGAAGAAGCACAAACACUCCGAGGCUCAUCACAAAAAGAAGAAAAAGGGAUCCAAGGGUGAGAAGGGCAGCGAGUUCGAGGAUCAUGGCUCCUACAAAAAAGGACAUUCCAUCAAGGGAAAACACCAUGUCCACAAGCUGGACGAGAACAAGAAGGAGAAGAAGUUCUACGACGAGGAUCACGAUGAAGGUGGCGAGGAGAAGCAUGGCGGCUUUGAGGAGGGCAAAAAGCACAAAAAGGGCAGCAGCUUCAAGAAGGGCGGCCACAAGAAGGGUGGCCAUGAGGAGCACUUCGGCAAAAAGGGUCACAGCAAGAAGGGACACAAGAAGAAGGGUCACAAGGGUCACAAGAAGAAGCACGAGGAGGCCAAAAAGUGGGGCCACAAGAAGGAGCACGGCAAGAAGGGCGGCGAGGAGCACAAAAAGAAGUGGCACAAGUCCCACAAACAGAGCAGCGAACAUGACCAUGGACAUCAUUGA